AUGCUAAAGGUGAGCGCAUCUGAGAAGAAGUAUAUUGCCGAAGGUGUCGCUGCUGAUGUGCGCGCGGAUGGACGAGAUCGCUUAUCGUAUCGCAGUCUGUCACUGGAAACGUCACUUCUUGCGCAGUCCAACGGCUCGGCUCGCGUUUCCUUGGAGUCGUCGGGUACCGAUGUAUUGGCCUCCGUCAAGCUGGAGGUGGUUGCUCCAUUGUCCGAAUUUCCGAAUGCUGGCAUGGUCCAAAUCGCUGUAUCUUGCUGUCCCUCGGUAUCAGCCAAACUAUACGGCCGCGCUGUUGAUGAAUUAAACAUAGAGCUAUCACAGCUCAUGACACGUCUGCUCUGCUCGUGCCCUAGCGCGGAGCUGGAGAAGUAUUGCAUCAUUCCAGGGGAAAGCGUGUGGUCUAUCAACAUUGACGUGAUGGUGUUCGAGUCCAGCGGCAACCUGCCGGAUAUCAUAUCGAUGGCUGUCUAUGCGGCACUCAAUGACACGGUCUUUCCGUCUGUGCGUCUUGUGGGCGUGGAGGGUGAAGACAAGACCAUCGAGGUGGACACGGACCCUGCGGCUGGUCAGAUCAUGAUGGCCGAGCAUUGGCCUAUAUGCGUAACACUCAGUAAGGUUGGCGACUACUUUAUCACGGACUCGCUCCAAGAGGAGGAGCUGUGCACGACGGCGCAGAUGAGUGUUGCUGUGAAUCCUGAGGGGAGUGUCUGCGGCGUCCAGAAGAGCGGAACGGGCGCUAUUGAGAUGGAAGAGAUGCAGCAAAUGAUUGACGAGGCAUGUGCGAGAUCGAAAGAGCUAUUUAAACUACUGCAGCAGGCUUUGCGCGAGCAGAGAGAUAGAGAUGUCAAAGCAGGACGCAGGGUAGAGCGCGUUGGUUUCCUGGGAUGA